GCCAGGCUUUGCAGAAUUAGGACUAAAGUCUGCACGGUGCCGUCUUUUGGGAGAGGUCUACAAAACAAGCUCUGGACAAGGUCAUGGGAAAAGGAAGCUGCUCGCCCAUCCUGGUUUUUUGGUACAUGGGAGUGUUUGCAGUCACACAACUGGCAAGUUAAUGGUGUUAAUAAUUAUCUUGGGAGACGGCAAGAGCCAUCUGUGUGUCUGUGCCAUUCGGCCGCUGCUGCUGUGGUCCGACAGAAGGCUGGGGAUGAGAAAACAGAAGAGUUCAAACUGGUGUACCGGUUUCCGGGGAUUAAGUACUGCAGGGUACUGUCCCGGCUGAAGCUGUUCCAGACUGCCACCACCAUGGUCGUGCUGCCUCCCAUCUGCUACCUCUAUCUGCAAGGCCAGGUUUCUCAGAACAUACUCCUGUAUACAACUGGCGUUGCGCUCUUUGCUGGUGCAAUGUUGUAUGGCAUGAGCUACUUUUUCAGAAGAAUUAUUGGAUUAAUCUACUUAAAUGAAACCGGCCGUACUGUCAAGGUGGCCCACUUGACAUUCUGGGGCAGACGGAAUGACAUUUACUGUCCCAUAGAGACAGUGAUGACUUUGGAUGAAGUUGGUGAUAACAAGAGGGAGCCACUUCUCCAGUUCAAACGGUAUAAUAGUGCAGAUAUUUUGUAUUUCACAAUUAAGUUUGGCCAGAUUGUGGACAGACAGAAGUUUACUCAAAUAUUUGGAGAACUUGAGUGA